AUGAUGAUGGACCUUUUCGAAACUGGCUCCUAUUUCUUCUACUUGGACGGGGAAAAUGUUACCCUGCAGCCAUUAGAAGUGGCAGAAGGUUCUCCUUUGUAUCCAGGGAGUGAUGGUACCCUUUCCCCCUGCCAGGACCAAAUGCCCCCAGAAGCUGGGAGCGACAGCAGCGGAGAGGAACACGUCUUGGCGCCACCGGGCCUGCAGCCUCCUCACUGCCCGGGCCAAUGUCUGAUCUGGGCUUGCAAGACUUGCAAGAGAAAAUCUGCCCCCACCGACAGACGCAAAGCGGCCACUUUGCGCGAAAGGCGGCGGCUUAAGAAAAUCAACGAGGCCUUCGAGGCACUGAAGCGUAGGACUGUGGCCAACCCCAAUCAAAGGCUGCCGAAGGUCGAGAUUCUGCGGAGCGCCAUCAGCUACAUCGAGCGGCUGCAAGACCUGCUGCAGCGGCUGGAUCAGCAGGAGAAAAUGCAGGAGCUGGGGGUGGACCCCUUCAGCUACAGACCCAAGCAAGAAAAUCUGGAGGGUGCGGAUUUCCUGAGCACCUGCAGCUCCCAGUGGCCAAGUGUUUCGGAUCAUUCCAGGGGGCUGGUGCUAAGUGCCAAAGAAGGAGGGCCGAGUAUCGAUGCUUCGGCUUCGAGCAGCCUCCGGUGCCUGUCUUCCAUCGUGGACAGCAUCUCCUCGGAGGAACGCAAGCUGGGCUGCGCCGAGGAGGUGGUGGAGAAGUGACGGGGGCCGGCGCUCUGGACAUUCUCCACGCUGCAGGAAGAUCCCACCCGCCCCGCUUCGCCUAAUCCUUUAGCUCAGGUCCCAUUACAGGAAUAUUUAGGAAUUCAGACCCAGGAGCUUAUGCAAAGGGAAGGAGACAAAUGCACAAAAGAACUUCCCGGAAACUGUUGGGCACGCUCCGUUUGAGAAAGCCUAUGGCUUCGGGGCUUUGAUUUGUGGAACCGCGAGUGGCUUAGGGCUAGCGGCCCGCCUUUGUUUCUGUUUGAUUGGUUUUGUAAUAUAUUUCAUUUUAUGACCGUGAUCUUUUCUUGAGGGGGAUGUGUGUGCCAUAUUCCAAAGAAGUUCAUUCCUGUCUCAAGCAAAGUGGAAACGUUGCAUUGAAAAGAUAGUAGAAUUGAGUGUAAUUUUUUUUGUAAAUACUUUUUUUUUU